AUGUCUUCGACUUCACAUUUGGGAUCCACCCACUCGUCGCCCGAGUCCUUUGACGAUGAUACUGCAAUGAUGGGAACUGCCAAUUGGCAACAUAUGCCCCCUCCUCCACAAACGGCCCCGCCUUCAGUGGCGGGAAGCAGUGCGACAUCGUCUGUACCUACCAAGGCGCCACUACCAUUACAGAAACGUAGAAGGGUUACUCGAGCAUGCGAUGAGUGUCGGCGGAAGAAGAUUAAGUGCGACGGGAAACAGCCAUGUACACACUGUACAGUCUACAGCUAUGAAUGCACAUAUGACCAACCCUCAAACCGGAGACGAAACCCCGCUCCACAGUACAUCGAGGCAUUAGAGAACCGACUUCAGCGGACCGAAGCAUUGUUGAAGGCAGUACUGCCAGAUAUCGAUGUGAACCACCCUAACUUCGACCUCAAUAAGGUUCUGCCGCAGAUACAGGAGGCUGCAACGGUCCGCACAGCAAGGCUCGGAAUCAAUAACAGCACAAAUGGUAACGGCACUGGGACAGAAAAGGAUUCUCUUCUUGAAUCUAUGGUAGAAGCAGCAGGGCGUUUAGAUAUCGAUGAGAGUGGACAUAUGGACUUCCAUGGUCACUCAUCGGGCAUGGCCUUCCUGGCACAUUUAAAUAACCAAUUCGGCGAUCUACUAGGCGAGGAUGUCAAAGCCUUGAAGAAGAUGCGUUCUACUGCUUUCCCCGCAGUUUUUGAUUCCCCGCAAUCAUCUAUCAGCUCAUCCCCAGAGGCAAGCGCGGCAAUAACAGCUAUGUUGCCAAAGAAGGAGGUUGCUCUUGUUUUGGUGGAUGCAUGUCUAGACGAUGCUUGUAUUCUUAUGCGGUUUGUCCACAGGCCGACAUUCAACGAACUGAUGGACCAAAUUUACCAGACAGAACCUGGAAAUUACACUGAAAACCAACUUAGCUUCCUACCAUUACUAUAUUUGACAUUGGCGGUAGGAUGUAUCUUUGUCAACGACAUGUCUAUAUACGGGGUUGAGAGCCCGGUUACUGAAGGAACCAAAUAUUUUAGUGCUGGUCGCCGUAUGAUUGAAAUAACUGAUUGUCGCGAUAUCCAUUCCAUCCAGACCGUCCUCAUGAUGGUUGUAUUUCUUCAAUCAUCUGCUAGGAUGUCAACAUGUUAUUCAUUUGUCGGCAUUGCGCUUUCCGCUUCUGUAAGGCUAGGCCUUCAUCGAUCUUUACCAGGAACAAGCUUUAGUCCUAUAGAAAGGGAAAUUCGUAAAAGAAUAUUCUGGACCGUACGGAAAAUGGAUACAUAUGUCGGGGCUCUACUGGGGCUUCCGAAAGGUAUUGCAGACGAGGAUAUAGAUCAAGAAAUACCCGCUGAAGUGGAUGACGAGUAUAUUACCGAGAAGGAAAUAUUACCACAGCCAGAAGGAAUUAUGCCUGCGAUGGCUGCUGCAAAUGCUCAUGCUAAAUUACUAAAGAUUAUGGGAAAAUUGGUUAAAUAUAUUUAUCCCUUGAAAGGAGUUGAGGCUAGUGUGACUGGUAGGAGAUUUGGAUAUAGUGUGAGCUACUCAAAAGUUCAUGAAAUUGAAAAGGAUCUUGGGGAUUGGCUAGACGCUCUUCCAAUGCAACUAAGACCCGGAGGAGAUACGCCGCAGAGUCUACUUAAGGCCCAAUUUCUUCUUAAGAUGGCAUUUGCUCACGUGCAAAUGAUGCUAUAUCGCCCGUUUUUACACUAUAUCUCUCGACCAAAGAACAGAGGUUGCGACGAGCGACCUUACGCCAGUGCCGCCGCAUGCGUUAAUGUUUCGCGCAAAAUUGUUCACACGGCAGAUGAAAUGAGAAAAAAGGGCAUCUUGAAUGGCGCCUAUUGGUUCAGCAUAUACACCACUUUCUUUUCCGUCAUCACAAUGCUGUACUACGUCCUUGAGAAUUCCACCGAUGUAACAUCGUUGGCAAUACUGAAGGAUGCGGAGAUUGGGCGAGACUUAUUAUUAGGUCUUAAGGAACGAAGCCUAGCUGCAAAGAGGUGUUCGAUGGCUCUACAACCUUUAUUUGACAAAGUCCCCCCAAAGAUCAAACCAGAUCUAGAAAAAGCGAGCCUAGCCAAGAAAAAGCGGGCUAGAGCGGGGUCAAAAUCUGGGGAUGCCGAUCAGUCUGCCACUUGGAGCAACACCUCCCGGACGGUCUCACCUGAAGUUUCAGAAUCACCUCAGAACAGGCGCUCAAGAACCUUUCCCGGGUCCCCGGAUGUAGACAUGAGACGCCAAACGACACCUAUGCAAAUUCAACGAACAGUGGCUCUAACUCAGGCUCCAGAAGACUUGAAUCGUCGAAGCUCAUAUGAAGUAUUUACAACUGCCGAGACUUUCCCUUCUACUCAUAGCACUCCAGAUCCACAGCCAGUGUCUUUCCAGGCACAUCUUUCCGGGAGUGGACUGCCGGAUCUCAACGCUUUAAUGUUCCCCUCGCCGGACCCUUUCAGCUAUAACUACGCACACAAUAUGAGCCAGCAACAGUAUACGAAGACGGAACGCAUGCAACAAGACAGCCCUUCAUCCCCUGAAAGUAUGUUUGGUGCAAACGGGUCACAGGGAAACCCAUACGACAGUUUAGAGGUCCAAUUGUUCGGCCCUUUACCCCCAUACCUCCUACAGGGUCAACCCCAACCAGUUUCGUCGGAUGUUCCGACGACAGGGGGUGAACGACCAACACAACACAUUGCAGUUGGUAAUAGCCGUCCAGUACCAAAUAGCGGUAUUCCAGGACAGACUUUCAUGUCAGGAACUGCGGGAGGUGCUAUGAAUCUGGAUAGUUUUUUUGGUGACGAGUAUGAGUGGGAUGAUGUCCUAAUGCAACAAUCAACAUAUCGUGUGCAUCCAGACUUGAAGGAGCAGUAUUAA